UUAAGAUGCCGACCCCACGUUGAUGCCGCUUUUCUUCAUCGAUUCCCCUCACGGACGCGGUGCAAAAUGCUCAUUGGGAAAGAAAUUCCCUGGAGGCGCUUGGAAAGCAUAUCGUUCAACGUUUACUCGGUGGAAGAGAUCAGGAAACUGAGUGUAAAGGCAAUCACUAAUCCUAAUCUGUUGGAUAAUGUGGGCAAUCCAGCAACAAAUGGUCUGUAUGAUCUGGCAUUGGGUCCAGCUGAUUCCAGAGAAGUAUGCGGUACCUGUGCUCAGGAUUUUACCAAUUGCCCAGGACAUGUGGGCCAUAUAGAUCUCCCACUAACAGUCUACAAUCCCUUAUUUUUUGAUAAACUCUACCUCAUGAUAAGAGGCUCCUGCCUGAAUUGCCAUAUGCUGACAUGUCCUCGUGCAAUAAUGUACCUGCUAUUAAAUCAACUCCGGAUAGCAGAUUGUGGAGCUGUUGAAGAUGUUUAUGAAUUGGAGAGAGUAUUGAAUGAGGUGCUGGAGAAAAAUUCCAAGGCCACAACAGAUGAAAUCCAGGAAGCACUGAAUGAAUAUACCCAGACAGUGCUAAAAAAUCGAGUGCCUUGCAAAGUUUCUCAAGUGAAAAAUGUGACUGACUGCAAGGAUAAGUUAAUAAGAGAUUUCUGGAAAAUAUACAUGAAAUCAAGAAAAUGCCCAAACUGCAAAGCUGGAAAAUCAAUUGUGCGAAAGGAACACAACAGCAAACUCAUAGUGACAUACCCCACAACUGCACUCAAAGUCAAGGCAAAAAAAAAAUACAGAUACAGUGAUCCACAAAGUCUUGAUGAUUCGCUUCUUGGAAAACGAGGGUUCCUGACACCUAUCACUGCAAGAGACCAUGUGCUGGAACUGUGGAACAAUGAUGGCUUCUUCUUGAAGUGUCUAUUUCCUGGUUUGAAAAUGCAUGGAAACACAAAGUCCAGCUGGAACCUAGACAUGUUUUUUCUUGAUCUUCUGGUUGUUCCUCCUUCCAGAUUUCGUCCAAUUAAUCGGCUUGGAGACCAGAUGUUCACCAAUGGGCAAACUGUAAAUCUACAAGCAGUGAUGAAAGAUGUCCAAGUCAUCCAUAAGCUCCUGACCUUAAUAGCACAGGAACGGGUCAAGCCCGAACAACCUAAUCAGACUGAGGAGGUAGCAACACCGGUAGAAGACACUCCAUCCAGGAUGGACCUUGCCUUCUUAGCUGGUAUUUCUGGACAGACGCUGACAGACAAACUCUACAGUGCCUGGAUAUACCUUCAAAGUCACGUUAAUAUUGUUUUUGACAGUGACAUGGAUAAGCUGAUUACUGACAAGUUUCCAGGUAUUCGACAGAUCCUGGAAAAGAAGGAGGGUCUCUUCCGCAAGCACAUGAUGGGGAAACGUGUGGAUUACGCUGCCCGUUCAGUCAUCUGCCCUGACAUGUACAUCAACACCAAUGAGAUCGGUAUCCCAAUGGUCUUUGCUACAAAACUGACUUAUCCUCAGCCAGUGACACCUUGGAAUGUGCAGGAGCUGAGGCAAGCAGUGGUAAAUGGGCCAAAUGUACAUCCUGGGGCUUCCAUGGUCAUCAAUGAAGAUGGAACCCGCACUAUUCUGAAUGCAAGCAAUGCAAGCCAGAGAGAGGCCAUUGCCAAGCAACUACUGACACCCAGUACUGGCGAGCAGAACUUGGGGAUGAAAAUUGUGUGCCGACACGUUAAGAAUGGUGAUGUUCUGCUGCUGAACCGCCAACCCACUUUGCACAGGCCUUCCAUACAGGCCCAUCGGGCGCGGAUCCUGCCUGGAGAGAAGGUCCUGCGUCUUCACUAUGCGAACUGCAAGGCCUACAAUGCUGACUUUGACGGUGACGAGAUGAACGCUCAUUUUCCGCAGAAUGAACUGGGACGAGCAGAGGCCUAUUUGCUCGCUAGCACUGACCAACAGUAUUUGGUUCCCAAGGACGGGAAGCCUCUGGCGGGUUUGAUUCAGGAUCACAUGGUCUCUGGUACCAGCAUGACCAUCCGCGAUCGUUUCUUCACACGGGAGCAGUACAUGGAACUUGUCUACCGGGGUCUUACGGACAAAAGGGGGCGUGUGAAAACCCUUCAGCCAGCAGUGAUCAAACCUUGUCCACUCUGGACUGGAAAACAGGUUGUUUCUACGUUGCUGAUUAAUGUAAUCCCCAAGGAUCAAGCACCACUGAACUUGAUGGGAAAAUCUAAAAUCAGUUGGAAGGCUUGGGUUAAAGAAGCUCAACGCUUGGUGAUAAACGUAGAUUCAGAAUGGAUGUCUGAAUCCAAGGUUGUUAUUCUGGAAGGAGAGUUGCUGUGUGGUGUUCUGGACAAAGCUCACUAUGGCAGUUCAGCCUAUGGUUUGGUCCACUGCUGUCAGGAGCUGUAUGGUGGUGAGACUAGUGGAAAACUAUUGACCUGUUUGGCACGGCUCUUCACUGCUUACCUGCAGCUGUACCGGGGAUUUACUUUAGAUGUUGAGGACAUUCUAGUGAAGCCCAAGGCAAACGCAAAGCGACAAAAGAUCAUUGCACAAUUGGCACAGUGUGGAGCCAAGGCCAUCCGAAAUGCUUUUAAUUUACCAGAGUCUGCUUCGUGUGAAGAAGCUCAGGAUAAAUGGCAAAAUGCUCACCUCAGUAAAGAUCCCAGGGACAUGAAUGUGGUGGAUCUGAAAUUUAAAGAAGAAGUGAAUCAGUACAACAACCAGAUCAACAAGGUGUGCAUGCCCCUGGGUCUUCACAGACAGUUUCCAGAGAAUAACCUACAGCUCAUGGUGCAGUCUGGUGCAAAGGGCUCGACUGUUAAUACUAUGCAGAUCUCGUGUCUUCUUGGACAGAUUGAACUGGAAGGUCGGCGACCUCCACUGAUGCCUUCUGGGAAAUCGUUGCCCUGUUUCCAACCUUACGACUUCACUCCACGUUCUGGUGGUUUUGUCACUGGCCGCUUUCUCACUGGUAUUAGCCCUCCGGAGUUUUUCUUUCACUGUAUGGCUGGCAGGGAAGGUCUGGUAGAUACAGCCGUGAAAACUAGUCGAUCUGGGUACCUUCAAAGAUGCAUUAUAAAACAUUUGGAAGGGCUGGUUGUACAAUAUGACCUGACAGUACGAGACAGUGAUGGUAGUAUUGUACAGUUCCUGUAUGGUGAGGAUGGUUUGGAUAUUCCAAAGACUCAGUUCCUGCAGCCAGAACAGUUCCCCUUUAUUACUGAUAACUAUGAGGUCAUCAAAAAGUCAAAGCACUUGGAAGAGGUAUUAAGUAAAAUGGAUUGUGAGGCUGCAGCCAAGUGCCAUAAAGCAAUAAAGAAAUGGAAGGCAAGGCAUCCAGCUCCCUACCCUCGUCUCGGUGCAUUCCUGCUGUUUUCACAAAAAAAGUUGGAUAGAAUCAAGGAGGCGAAUCCAGAAGGGGAGAUGAUAAAUACUAGAGAACCUGUAACUCAGCGAUUACAGGAGCUAUGGGAAUCACUGGAUGCAAAGAGCAAAAAUAAAUAUUUGAAGAAGACCACUCGCUGUCCUGACCCCUGCAUUUCUGUUUAUCGACCAGAUAUUUAUUUUGGCUCCGUUUCGGAAGACUUUAAUGAUAUUGUGGAUAAAUAUUUAACUGAACAGGAGUGUAAUGAUUCUGGCAAGCACGCCAAGCCAGAGCUGUCACCAGAAUGUUUAAAGCACCUCCUGAGUCUGAAGUGGCAGCGAUCACUGUGUGAACCAGGGGAGGCUGUUGGGCUCCUAGCCGCACAGAGUAUUGGAGAGCCUUCAACACAGAUGACACUGAACACUUUCCAUUUCGCCGGCAGAGGAGAAAUGAAUGUCACUCUAGGGAUUCCCAGGUUGCGUGAGAUUCUAAUGGUGGCAAGUGCUAACAUUAAAACUCCAAUGAUGACAAUUCCUGUGCUGAACAUCAAGAAAGCAAUGAAGAAGGUUAAGAAACUGAAGAAACAGCUCACGAGGGUGUGCUUGGCAGAGGUUUUACACAAAAUUGAGGUGAAAGAUUCCUUUCGGGUCCAAAGCAAGCUGGAGAAGUUCAGGAUGUAUCAAAUAAAAUUUUAUUUUCUGGAUUACAACCUAUAUCGAAAUGAGAAAUGUUUGACACCGGAUGAUUUAUUGCACUACAUGGAAACCAGAUUCUUCAGACUACUGCUUGAGAACAUUAAAAAGACUAGUGCUAAACUGGGUUCGUUUAAAGUUGUGAAUACACGGAAAGCUACACAGAAGGAUCUGGAUCAAGACUCUGGAGAAGGUGAUGGGAAGGAGACGCAGGAUGACCAGGAGCUGGCUGGUGAAGAGGAGGUCCCAAUUGUUGAUGCACAAGCAGAUGAAGGAGAUGCUGAUGCUACAGACGCCAAAAGGCGUGAAAAACAGGAAGAAGAGGUUGAUUAUGAUAGUGAGGAAGAGGAGGCCAAAGAUGAUGCAGAAGAACUGGAGGAGAAGGUAGAUGAAGUUCUCCCAGAAGAGGAACAACAGGAACUCAUCAACCAAGAUUCUUCUGAAUAUUCAUAUUUUACGAAGAAUAGUGGAGGGGAUACCGCAGAGGGCAUGGGCAACACAAGAGUAAAUGCAGUGUUAAAUUUACAUCCUGCUGUUCAAGGUUAUAAAUAUGAUGCAAAUGACAGUCUUUGGUGUGAGAUUAAACUGAAGCUGCCUAUCAUGAAGGUGCACUUUGACCUCUCCUCACUGAUCAUGUCUGUGGCACAAAGCGCAGUUGUUUAUGAGACCAAAGGAAUUGCUCGUUGCUUUUUGAAUGAAACAACCAACAGGAGAGGAGAGAAGGAAAUGGUUUUGAACACUGAGGGAAUAAACCUCACCGAGAUGUUCAAGUAUGACAAUAUCUUGGAUCUGAGCCGCCUAUAUUCAAAUGAUAUCCACUCUAUUGCCAGCACGUAUGGUAUUGAGGCUGCUCUAAGAGUCAUUGAAAAAGAAAUCAAAGAUGUCUUUGCUGUUUACGGUAUCCAAGUGGACCCUCGACAUCUUUCCCUUGUGGCGGAUUACAUGUGUUUUGAUGGAUCGUACAAGCCAUUUAAUCGCAUUGGCAUUCAGUCAAGCUCCUCACCACUUCAGCAGAUGACUUUUGAAACCAGCUAUAAGUUCUUGAAACAAGCAACAAUGCUAGGCUCUCGUGAUGAAUUGAAGUCUCCGUCAGCCUGCCUGGUGGUAGGGAAAGUGGUCCGUGGUGGCACAGGGCUUUUUGAUUUGAAGCAGCCUCUUAAGUGAUCUCUCAUCUCAUUAGAGAGAGAGUCAAUUCUCUUGGAAGUGGAAACAGACAGGAAAUUAUGUUGUGAAUAUUUUUAUCAUGUAUCUGGUCAGACACUGCAUCAAAGGAGACAGAUGCUGAGAGACGGGCGUAUGACAGGCCUCAAGUCAGUAACACAUGAUGAACCAGCAAAAGCAGCUGUUUGCUGCUUUGAACAAUUUGCUAAUGAUAGGGGGGAGAGAAGAUAUCUUCCUGCUCCACAUGCAGGAAGUACAAAUGGAUGAUCAAAGUGCAACAGAAGAUGAAUGCAAGUGUUGAAAGCUGGUAGUGGCAAGAUGGAGGAGUUUUAAAGGAAAUUCUGCUGACUUAUGUCAUUACGGCAUGCUGCAUGAAGAUGCAGUAACUCCCUUAUUGUGCCUGGGCAGCUGUUUGAACAAAAUUCUACCAAGCAUCAAGAAAGGCAAUAAAAAUUAGAUUUGGAUGAAAUUAUUUUUGCAGUGUAAGUUCUAUUGUGGAGCCAUCUUCGUGUUUGUACAGCAGAAUAUGCAUUUAUUUGGUCCCUACUCUUGAACACAUUAGAGAAUUUUUUAGCAGGAUUUUGACAAGACUGCAAUCAAAGCAUUGCCAGCAGCUAAA